UCCUGUUUUCCUGCUUGAGUUGGGACAUCUCCUCUCAUCUUCUCCAGAUCUCGGAUUGGGAUUUAAACCAUUGAUUUCCCUGGUUCUCAGGCCUUGGGACUCCGACUGAAUUAUACUACCAGCUUUCCUGGGUCUCCAGCUUGCAGAUGGCAGAUCUUGGGACUUCUCAGCCUCCAUAAUGAUAUUUCUUUUUUGUUGUUUGUUUUUUUGUGAGGAAUAUCAGCCCUGAACUAACAUCUGCCAAUCCUCCUCUUUUUGCUGAGGAAGACUGGCCCUGGGCUAACAUCCGUGCCCAUCUUCCUCUACUUUACAUGGGACGCCGCCACAGCAUGGCUUGACAAGUGGUGUGUCGGUGCACACCCGAGAUCCAAACCCUAGGCCACAGCAGCAGAGCGCGUGCACUUAACCUCUACGCCACCGGGCCAGCCCCCUAAAUAUUUCAUCAUGGAUUGGUUUCACUGCAACCAGUGUUUCCGAAAAGAUGGGGCCCAUUUCUUUGUCACCAGCUGUGGCCAUAUUUUCUGUAAAAAGUGUGUGACUCUGGAAAAAUGUGCUGUUUGUGGAACUGCCUGCAAGCAUCUGGCUCUUUCUGAUAAUCUAAAACCUCAGGAGAAGAUGUACUUCAGAAGCCCUGUGGAGACAGCUUUGCAGUAUUUUAGUCACAUCUCUCAGGUGUGGAGUUUCCAGAAGAAACAAACAGAUCUCCUCAUCGCCUUUUAUAAGCAUAGAAUUACAAAGUUAGAAGCAGCCGUGCAGGAGGCGCAACAAACAGUGACGAGCCAGGACAAAGAGCUAUCAGUCUUAAGGAAGGAGAAUGGAGAACUGAAGAAAUAUCUAGCCAUCUUAAAGGAAUCUCCAAGUUGGUACCAAGGAAGCAGGUCAACCACACCUCGACCAGUGGGCAUUACUUCCCCAUCACAGUCAGUUACUCCACGACCCAGUUCUCAGCAUAGCAGCCAAGUGGUCAGUCGGUCCUCCUCAGUGGAGUCUAUCCCUUACAGAGUGCCUGGCUUUAGUAGCUUGGGACAAGGAGCCAGAGGCUUGCAGGGAAGAAGCACUCCCAGAGACUAUUAUACCGAAACCCCUUCACCAGCUUCCACUCACAGCCUAUCUUACAGACCUUCAUCUGCCUCCUCUGGACAAGGGCUCUUUCCUUUCAGACCAUCCCUAAAUGGUGGGGAUUCACGCCACACAAGAGUCCUCACCCCCAACAAUUCAGGUCAGAGGGAGAUGAGAACCACACCAGAGAGCCUUUCUGGUUUCCAGCUACCAGUCCUGCAGACUCUCUACCAACAGAGACAGAUGGGAUUAGCCAGGGGGAGAGAAGCAUGGCCACUUCCAGAUAGACCAUCUUCAAAGUCUGAUGUAUACAUACAGCUGAAGGACGGACUAUAGCAUCCAAUACCCGUUAGGCAUGAUGGCCUUGGAAAAUGUACCCCUGCCUUGUUUCCUGGUUUCACUCUGUACCUUAUCUUCCUCGAUCUUUACCAUAUACACCCUGUAUUACCUCCUAGGAAGGUGGUCAGGUCUUAUAUAAGGCUUGUGCUUCACGAAGAUGUUUAUAUCUCUCUCACAAAACAUAUGUAGCUCCCUCAUUUCUUAGAACUUGAAACAAAGGUUGGAAAAACAAUUCUUGGCAUCAUUGGGGGUGGGCGGUAAUAUACUCAUUAACUGUG